AGCUGAUUUGGCUCAAAGCUUAGCUGAUUGACUGAGAACGAAAGUAUGACUGAACAGAGGAACUAUGAGCAGCUGCAAGUGAAGCUCCGUGGUCUUGAGAACACCGUCGAGGAUUUGGUGCAGCAGGCGUCGAGCAACUUGCGGAAAGAGCUUCGAAGUGUUGAAGAGCGCUUGAAGCGGCAGAUCGAGAGUAGCCAGAAGGACCAGGCCGCGGAGACCUUCAACGUGAAGCGCGGCCUCUCGGAGCAGUUCACCGGUGAGGUGCGUGCCGCCGAGGACCGUCUCACCCGACGUAUGGACAGUGAGCGCCGGGACCACAAGGAGGCCGUGGCUGAGCUGCGACGCGAAGUCACGGCACAGCUGCUGGCACAACAGCAACAGGACACCGCGUCCUUUGCCACCCAGCGGGUUGUGCCCAAAGAGAGCGAAGAACUCUCGAAACUCCGCGGCGUCAUGGAGGACCUCCGCAGCCUACAGGAGCAUGCGCAGAAGGAUGCCACUCGACUGGCACAAGAGCUCAAAGAUCAAAAACAACUUUGCGAACGGAUGGAUUUAUCCAUGCGUCAGCACAUGAGCAAGUACCAGACGGAGAUGUUGACCGUUCGCACAUCCGUGGAGAAAGUCGAUUUGGCGGCGAAGCAGGCUCAGAAGGCUGCAGAAACACGAGGCGCCAGUGCUGAACAAGAGCAGGAGCGUGAGAACGCCUUUGUGGGUUGCGUGAGCGAUUUGGAUGCGGAGUUGCGACGCGACAUGCGCCAGAUGGUGACCAAGGUCCAAUCGGACAUGCUCUCCGAGUUCAAGACCCUCUUGAGCGCCACCCAAGAGGAGUUGGAGAACAAGCUGAAGGAGUGCCAGGCCAUCCAGCGUUCCACUGGACUGGAUUUGCUCGAGCAGCGCUUGAAGAAGAUGGAAGACUCACGCUUGGAGUUGCGCCUCGGGAAGUUGGAGUCGGCCGCCUUGAGAGCCUCCAACUACAGCGAUGCAGGUGAGAGCACCCUGUUCACCAGCGUGGCUCGACGGCCCUUGGGCAGCGCCUUCAGUGCUGACAACAAGAAGGUCAUUACCGAUGACACGAUCGGCGACACUUCUCUCACCAGGGAGAGCCGCGAGGCUCGCCGAGAGCGAUCGAACUUGGAUCCCCAGUUGACCGAGAUGUUCAAGGCGCUAAGCAUCUUUGGCAAGUCUUCUGCAAAGACCCCAGGCUCGACGCCGGUGGACGCCUUCAGCGGCCCGGCGCCGGUGGAGUUGGUCUCCGAGGACCUGAAGAACAGGUUGGAGAGCUUGGUGGAGCAAGUCAAAGAGACUUUGAACUCCACACACAUCGGAUCCAUCUUGGAUUCCAAAGCGCCAGCAUUGGACGAUGGGAACUACGGCCUGGCCCCUGAGCCGCAAGACUUCGAAUACGAAGCCCAAGGAUACCAGGAUGAUGGUGGAUACGACUACAUUCCCAACGGCCACGAUGGCUAUGUGCCCACCGGCCAGAAUGUCUAUGUGGCCAAUGGCCAUGAUGGAUAUGUGCAUGAUGGGCAGGUGCCGUACGCGCCCGGCCCCUGCGAGAUGCCACAGUUGGCAUCGGCGCCCAUGACACCGAUAAUGCCACCACAGAGUCCCUUGAUGGUCCAGCCACUUCAUCAGCUGGUGCCGCAGAUGGCCCCAAUGACACCGCAGCCACAUGCUCGCUACUGCGGAAGCAUUGCUUUGCCCAUCAGCCACCCGGAAAACCCACCGGAGCAGAUGGCACCCGAGCAUGCCUCCGAGUUCUGCUACAUGGGCAGCCUCGAUGGUGAGAACUACACCGGCGCCGGCGGCUACGAGGUCUACGACGCCGCCGAGAGCUGCCCAGGCUACAUCGAUGUCCCUCAAGUGCCUUACACCGCUGUAAGCUAUGGUCCUCCGCAAGUCGUCGGCCACGGGACGCCAGUGAUCCACUCCGUCACCAUGAGGGUGGGCCGGACCGUGUCCCCCGUGCGGGAGCAGUCGCCGGUGCGGGGACGAGGCGCCUCCCCCGUGCGCGGCGCCUCGCCCGUGCGAGCGGUGCCGGUGGUGGCUGCACAUCCCAGGCAUCGAGAGCUGUCGCCGUCUCUCCGCAUGCGCAGCACGGGAGAUCCUCCCGCCUUCAGCUUCGGGCAAACCGGCAUCACCAUGAGCCCUUUGCCGGCGAACCUGAGUGCAGGAGCUGGCAGCGUGCCAGUUGGACUUCCGCAAGCAGUCACGAGAGUCAAGGAGGAUCCCCCAAGGGAUGAGGAUGAGGAGAGUGAGGCCUCGGACGAGGAACAGGAGAAACCCGGCCUCUUCGGCCAGCUGUUCCGUGGUGGCAAAUAGUGACCGCGGCGAGGUGUUCAUCGUUCAUUGUUUGGUCAUUUCUGCAUGGAAUCAAGAGAUCUCAAGAGACACAUUCCGAAAUGCGACUGACCGAUUGGUUUCAUCCAAAUUAACAA